UCGUAUUCGGCACAAACUCACUCACGCACACAUAUGUAAGUACACAAACAACAAAUCAUUCGACGGAAGAACACACUGAACGCGCCACACACACGAACCGAAAGCCGGAACUAAUAAUGGAGCGACGAGCCUGCCGAAAUUAACACCCACCAACAAUAACAACACACAGAGAGACGCACAAUUGGUACGUAACAAAUACCGCCAAGACGAAUAACUCGUCAAUUGCCAUUGGGCGCGAAUGGCGCUCGCAUAAAGCUUACAUCGAACUCAAAUGUAAAUGUGUUUGACUUUGUGUGUGUGCAACGCAAAAACGAAUGACAACAGCACAAUAACAUUAAAAAACAACAACAACAACAAGUAUGCAUGCGAGUAGUUAGUUGCACAGGGAGUACUUGACUUGUUUCCUCGCCAUCGCCAUCGCCUUCGCCAACUCGUCAAUCGCAAUGUGGCAGUCGUCGUGUGAAGUGUACGCGUAAAACGCAACGCUUGUGAAAAUGUUAACUUUGCGUUGCAAUAUACUUUUAAAAUAAAAAAAAUACAAAAUACAAAAAAUGGUGUGUAUUUUGCUGCUUUUUUGUCAAUUUAACAACGCGUUGCAACCAAUUACCGUGUCUCACAUGCAAAUUGAAAGUGAAAACGAGAAAAUUGAAGUGAAAUGAAAUUGUAUGAGUAUUGAUUAAGAAAAUGGCAAAAAUUAUGUAAAUGCCAAUUUGGUCAAAGCUGUAAAGCAAAUUAAGAAAAUUCGCUAUGUAUGUGUAUACAGUUACUUACGGUGCUUAAACGACAUUCAUUAUACGCUUGAAGUGAGAGUUUUUGCUAAAAAGUUUAGUGUGAAAAAUUUGUCGCCACAAAAACGCUGCAGCGUGUGUGCCUACUAUCAAAAAUCGCCGUAUGAGCGUUAGAAAAAAUUUCUAUAAUGAAGUUAAAUAAGUCAAACUGGUUUCUAAUGAAUGUUGGUGUACAGUUAUAGAAAGCGCUUAACCCAAUAUUUUAGUAAAGAACAUACAAAAUACUACACAGCAGCCAGUAGUUUAAAUAUGCUUACAACAAAAAAGAAAAGCAAAAACGUAACAAGAACCCAAACAAACGUAAUAGUCUUCCAAGCAACUAACUAAAACAAAAAUAAAAAAAACAAAAACAAAAACUUCUAUUUCCAAGUGCACAAGAACAGCGAUGGAAAAAAUUGUAGAAAUCUACAGCAGUUACAACAAUAAACGGCGAAUUUUCCAUGCUAGGCUACGAAAAGAACUUACCGCACUAGCGACGAAUACGAGAGAAGAAAACUUAAAGUGCAACAAUAAAAAUAACUACAACAAAACAACUACUGCACACAACGAAAAUUCUGGACAACAACAAAAGCAACAAUCAAAUCAACGACUAAGCGCAACUCUGCGAGAGCAACGGUAUUAUGUACGAAAUGUGUGCGCGACAGCGGCAACAACACAACAAAUACAACAGCAACAACAACAGCCACAGCUAACGCCCACUGUCGACUAUUUUCGCUUCUCCGCUCUGUAUGCACUUGUAACGACUACCGCUACAGCAGCAGCUUGCAAUAUGCGUGCAACAUACGCGUGCGUGACUGCGUACGAUGAAGCUGUUGAUGACGAGGACGCUGUUAUUAACGACUAUAUGCCACACAACCACGAUACACGACAGCGUUGUGUGCACGACAACCGAAGCAUUUUGCAUUUGAAACGUAGCCAUAAAAGCCUUACACAAACACACUGCAGCAAAUAUUUGCGGCGCACCACAUGUCACCGCAGUGGCAGCAGCGGUGCGCGACAUGUUGCCGCCAACGCCGCGGAUACGGAUGCGGAUGAUGUCAGUAGUUGUGGUCUCUACAGUGCGCUUGCUACUGCCACCGGAAGCAGUACAACGUGCGCGGGCAGCGGUCUCGAUACGCGUAGCAUUUUCUACUUGACGCUCGUAUUUUUCAUCUAUUGUACGGUAAUGAUGCGCGCCUCCGUCGCGGCGACAGCCAUUGCCAAUGCGACAAUGCAGAGCAAUAACAGUAAUAACGUUGAACGUACCAAUGAAGCGCUCUCCUCGGCGGCGGCCGCAUUGCUAUCGUUUUCUGCCGAACCUAUUGCGGGAAAUGUGGCGAAGAAGACACAAAAUGGAAGAGUGAUUGACAAGCGUGUGCAAGCUGUGACAGCGUUUGCACCGUCAGUUUCAGCGCCUAAAACUAUGCAUAGCUCUAAAACAAAGCCAUCACCUGUCGUCGUUUUCAAUGUGACAACCGCUACUGUGAAUGGUUCAUUGUUAGCUGGUGCGGAUGCGUCAGCCGACUAUAUGGUGUACGCGAACGACACCGGUGUAGCGAAAGUGCAGCGCGUUGCAAAGCGUGAUACCGCUCAUGUGCCUGAUGAUGAGGAUGAUUCCGCCUAUCGUGAUGACGAAUUUGAUGAAUACGAGGCUUUAAUUAACAAUAGAUCUGCUAAGGGCAAAUAUAUUGGUGCUCCCUGCUUCAGUGACAUGACAUGCGAAACUACAUUAAUUCAUGUCACCUGUGAUAAGGAGACAAAAAUUUGCGGCUGUGAAAGAAAUUACCCAGUACAGCUUGGACUGACUAAAGGUUGCGAUAAACCUAAAAAACUGGGCGAACAGUGUUUCUACGAUGAAACCUGUAUGUAUAGCGAUGAGAAUUCCCUUUGUGUUCAAGUGCGACACAAUGCCAUGUGUCAAUGUGCGGAUGGUUUUCACUCGGUUAGUCACACGAAGCCGACACGACGUGUUUUUUGCACGAAAGACUUAAAGGAAUUAAAUUCUGAUCUGCCUACUCUAUUGGGCGUCGCAACGGGCAUAGCAGUGCUUACUGGUCUUAUCUGUAUGGUCUUACAUCUAUUUACCAAAACAAAGUAUCCACGUCCUCGAAACUUUGGCGAUGCGAAUCUACCGCCACCGAUAAUGUACUCUAGCGAAACAGGUAUACCAUUGACAGUGCAAUCGGGUCGACCAUCAUCACGUUCCAGUCUACGUUCGAGUGGCUCAAUCGGUUCCUAUGGCAAUCGACGCGCCUCAUCCGGUGGCGCUACAGCUGGUGUGCAUGGCAUGGGUGGUGUCGGCGGCGUUGGCGGUAUUGGCGGCAGUAGCGGUACGAAAGGCAUACUCGUCUCUACAUCACGUACAGGUUCUCGAAGACCAAGUCUAGCGUCGGUUCAUAGUACUAGUUCGUCUGUGCGUAGUUAUAGUAUGAUGCGUUUCGAGAAGGAGGUACAACAGAAGGAGAUACGUCAGGAGAUGAAAUUGCGUUUGGCACGUCUGCAACAACAACAACAUCUAAAUCAAAAUAAACCGCAAAUUGUGAUUGGCGAUACACUACAACAUCAUAUGAGCGCCGCAUCGGCGCUAAGUCGCUUGAGCGGUAUGCCAACACCAAGUCCAUUAACUCCAAAUUCAACAGAUGAACUAUUGCCGUCGGUGGAUGAGUUGCAAGAGUAUCCACCGCGUACGGAGGAUCUAGCAACAACAAUACACAAAAUGGCCGCUGAUAGCGUGGCCGCUUCUACACUGACCGCCAUCAAACAAGCAGCAAUCGGCACAAGCAUCGCUUUAACAACAACCAUGGGCGCAACAACAAUGGCAACGGGCAUGGCUGCUAGCGGUGGUGGUGGCAGCUUGAUGACACCGGGUACACCAUCCGAUAUGAUGGGAGCUGCUGCUUAUAUUGGACCAUGUAGUUCAUCGACUGACACACUCUAAAAGAGGUACACUUAAGCUGAACAAAGAAGACGAUAAACACAAAUAAUAAAUGCAAAAAAAAAAAAAUAAAUGAAUCAUAGACAGGCAGUAGAAAUUAACGAAUUUGCCAGCAAAGAAAAUUUAGAGGCUUCAACUCGUAAAUAAAUAUACUUAAGUAUGCAAUAACAAUAUAAGUAUAGAUAACGGUUUUGUAUGAUACAUACAGGCGCGUGCGCGAAAAUUGUACGGUUAAAAUUGCGCAUACUUUAUAUACUGAAUGGGUUAAAAUUUCUAAAUUAGUGAAAAAAUUAAAAAAAUAUGAAAAAUUAGCUAAUAUGAAGUGCGUUUCGCUUAAACAAUUAGACACAAAAUGAAUGUAAUAAGCUAAUUUUUUAUGCAGCCGUUGUUGUAGGUUAGGUUAGUUUAGCGUUAACUGUAUUUAUAUGCGAUUAAUUGUAACGGUUUAAUGUAUGUAUAACAUACUAAUAGGCGUUAGAGCGUUUUCAUAAUUGUUCCCCAAUAUUGAAUUUGUACUAACACACACCUGUAAAUGUAAAUAUGUAACGGUUUUAAUUUAGACUAACUGUAUGGAAAAACUGUUGUUAUCAGCGUAAUAGACCGAACUAAAAAUCCGUAAAUAAUUAAGAUUUAUUUUUCGUGGAAUUUUUGAUUUUUUUUUCAAAUAAUACAACGCUUUAACUAUGGUUGUCCUUGAUCUGCCUCCAUUACCCACAAAUGUGGUUUCAAUUCAACUCUCAGUUUUCGUAUGAAAGCGUAGAUACAAUGAAAAUAUUCUUAAUACAUUUAAACUAAGCAAUAGACACGAAAAAUAUUUGGAACUGAUAGAGCAAUUUUUAUAAUACUUCCUCAUUUACUGAUCAUAAGUGAUUUUUCUUCCGUUUGAUCUCUUUAGGAUUGUAGAAACUGCUUUGCUAGUGUUCCUUUCGUAUUUCUUUACGAUAUAUAAUCUUUGGUGUUAGUCUUUUUUAUUUUUUGGAAUGUAGAAUAUUAAGUGGAAUAUAAAAUAUUGGUUACUUUUGAACUUGAAUAUUGAUAACUUCGAACGAAUCUACUUUGAGAAGACUUUUGGCCACUAUUCUCAUCAAUCAAUUUGAGAAUAAAUCAGUCAAGGUAGCUUGAAUAUUAUUUAUUCGUCCUCAAAUUUCCGUACCUAGAUUUUUAUAGCGAUUUUGUUCUGAGUCUGUUAUGGCUCGCUCAGAUAUAUUUUCGAAAACGAAAAAGCAGACGAGUUGGCAAAGUCAGGAGCCUCUCCAGAAGAAUCCGAAUCCGAGGCAGGGCUAAUACCAUGCGCGUCAGAAAGAAAGAGAGAGUUUUACAUAUAGUUUGAAAAAAAGAGCUCAGAACAGAUGAAAAUUUACAACCAAACGCAAAAUAUCAAAGAAAAUGGCUGUUCCCCGCAGGAGAAAACACACUUGAACUAUUGAGGAAAAAUUAAAUAAAAUAAUUAACCCUCUCAUUUAAAUUUAUGGAUCGACAAAGCGCCUAGUACCUACCACAAAUUAACAGAGGCUUUUUACUUCUAUAUCCGCUAAUUCGCGAGGAUGCACAAAAAAGUGAGAUCCAAGAUACAUUGGCCUAGACCUCCCAAAGAUGAACAUUUCAGAAGGAAAUGUUGGGAAAUGUCUACCUCAUCCUCAUCCAAACAUCUUCUGCAGAUAGCGUAUGAUCAGUUAGAUCUUCUAUGGCUAGGGAAAGGUUGACCUUACUGAGGGCGAAGAGUUCCCUAGACCUCUUGCGAUGUCAUUCAUCUACAUAGAAUCAAAUUACAAGUGGAUAAUGGUGUUUCUAUUCGUUCCCAUUCCUCUGUAGGUGAGGUCCAAGAAAUAAUACAGACUUACAGAUACCAAUGCGGGGCAGUUGCUAUUUGGAGAACAAGAGUUGGAAUGGGUCUGGCUUAUGACAGUAUUUGGCGCUGCUUAAGAAGGACAUAUAAAAACGGGUUUUCAAUUUCUCUGUAAAUAUCCAGCUGUAUCACAAACACGACAAAGAACAUUUGGAAUCCAUCAGGUGCCAAACCUUGAAAGGCUAUAAAAAAACAACUGCAUAAAAAACGCAACGAUGAAACGAGAUAGCAAGAAUACUAAGGUUUACGAGGGAGGGGUGAGGGGCGAAUCUAGCACUAAUUGAGCCCGGAAAAGCUGGACUACUACCUACAGCUAUGAAUUAAGUAAAAUAUGGACGUCAGUAUUUUGUCUGUAUAAUUUUCAGUCUGUCAAGAUCUUAAGAUCUCUAUCUACACAUAUUUUGCAUCUUUAUAUCCUUUAAGAAAAAAUACCCUUCACUAUCAACUCCCAUUUUAGAUAAGAUUCUUUCCGAAAUUCGCUCGUUGAAGCAUUUGAUCAGUUAAGUUCUCAAUGUAGUAGUUCAUUUUUUGGGAUCGUUCGAAUUCAGCCACUGUUUCAGUAACUCAUGGUGACUGAGUUUCAAAACUGUUCCGGAUUGAGUGUUGUGGGAUGUUCAUUAUUGAAAUUUGAAAUUUUUAAAUGGUAAAUCUCGUUUCUUAAUUGCAGAUUAUCGAGUUAAGCUCGUACGGACUAUAAUAUUUGAAAACUAGUUCGAUUAAUCUCCUCAAGUGACUUUGAAAUUUCAGAGAUCCUGAACUACAAAGUUUAUAUUAUUUUAUGUUUAAUUUAAUUUAAUUUAAUUUAAAUGUGUUCUCUACCAGUUUCAAGAGAUUUAAAUAAAAAUUAACCAUAACUAAGGCAUAUAAUUUCAAUACCAAAAAAAUACCCAAAAUUAAGAAGAAUCAUAUAAGGAAAGAACGAAAACAGGAAAUGCAGAGUUAUUGAAUUUAAUUAUAUGUAUACUAAGGUAAUAAAAAAUAAAGCUUAUGUAAUAUAUAAAUAUAAUGUAGAUAAAUUAAAUGAGAUUAGAAAAAAAUUAAAAAGACUUUAGUAAAAUAAAAAAUUUAAUUUUUUAGUACACAAGUACCCAAAGUAGCUAAGAACAAUAAAAUAAGCGGAAAAAAUUACAUAAAUUAGUGGUGACAAAUUUACGUCUAGCAAGAGUUAUAUAUACAUAUAUUUUAAUUAUGAAGCGUAAUAUGUUAAAAAUGAAAAGCGAAAUGAAAAAUAAUAAAUAAAUAUUAUUAAAUAAAUUAAAAAUAAAAAUAAAAUGUUGCGCGUAUAAAAUUAUGAAAAAAAUAUAUAAAACUAAAUUAUAUAAAAAUAAUAAUAAUAAUUAGUUAAAAAUGUGUUAAAUAGAUUUUUUGAUGUACAAUUAUAAAAAAAUGUAUGCAAAUUUACAUAAAAAUAAAAAAAUAAUUAAACAUACCUAUGCGUACGUGUAGAUUCUAGCACAUAUGUAUGUAUGUUUGUAGCAAAAAAAUAUAUUUGGUAGGCAAUAUUUGAUAAGGAUUUUUUAUAUACACACACACAAACUUUGUGGUCCUUAUAACUAUAGAUGUAUCUAUGUAUGUGUAUGUAUACAAAUGAAAUGAAAUCGGCAAAUGGCACAUAUAUAUGUAUGUAUUUCAUAUGAUUUACAAUGAAAGUAAACUAACUAAUAAUAUUUGUUAUAAGUAGAAAAAAGUUGAAAAAUCAAUAUGACUAACUGUACAAGCGUUAAAAUGUAAAAAUAAUUUAUUUGUUGUUGUUAUGUUGUCAAAUAGCAAGUUAGUUGUGUUUUUUUCUACAAGCCUUAAUUCAUUAAAUGCUAGGAAUUGCUGUGCAAUAAGUAAUAAUAAAGAAAACUAAAAUGUGUUGGAACAAAAAUUAUUUUCUAGAAAUUACUAUCGGUAUGCUGUACAGUAAAACACACACAUACAUACCUUUUUGAAUUGUAAACACGCAACAAAAGACAUCACCUGUGUAUAAAUUGAUGUUUAGUAUUAGCAAAACAGUAUUAUUUACAAGAAGAAAAACAAUUUAAUGAAUACAAAUUUACUAAAAGAAAAACAAUUUUCUUAUUUAUAUUUAUGCAUAAAAACACUUUAAAACACAAUUAUAUACAAAAUUGAAACAAAAUUGUAACAAAAAUAAUAGCAAACAUAUAGGAGAGUUGCAAAUUUGUUGACUUAUUUGCAAUUGCAAAUUUUAAAAUAAUAUUUUAGUGAGUUUACCUACUUAUUAAACACACUGUACAACAUUAAAGCAAAACAUUUUAUGUUUUAUGAGACCAAAAAUCGUUGUUUGAUACGAACAAUUUGAAAAGUUUAUACAAAAUUUGAGUUUAGUGGGGUUAAAGUUCAGUUGUUUUCAUAAUUUUGUAAGAUUACUAAAAGUUCUAAAUUUUUUUUAUUUAUUAAAAAAAAAUAUUUUGUAACAAUUAAGGAAAGGCUAAGUUCAGGUGCAACCAAACAUUUUAUACUCUCGCAAUUUAUUGAUAUAAUUUUAUAAAGAUAACACAAUGCGACCCAUAUAUUUGGCAUAAAGUUCAAUAGAAUAACGAAAAUCAUCAUAAAUAGUAUAUGGGGACUGAGGUAAUUCCUAAACCGAUUUCACUCGUUUUCACCACCAAGGUACAAUAUAUCAAAGACUAUACGCUCACUUAAUUUUAUAUUACUUAUAAUUCGGUAUAUGGGAUCUGGUGGAGGUUAUGACCCGAUUUUAACCAUUUUUGCUACAGUGACAAACUAUUAGAAGAAAAAUAUUUACUCUGAAUUAAAUUAAGAUACCUGAGAGAUUUACCGAAAUUUUCGGUGAAAAAUUACCAUGGGGCACUGAAUUCUUCACAUUCGAUUUUCGGGGCUUUGAAAAGUUAUAGUCCGAAUUCGACAAUUUUCACACAAGUGAUGACACAGUAUUUGUGCAAAGUUUUAUUCCGCUAUCUAAUUGGUUCCUUAUUUAUAUAUUAUAAAGUGAAGGAAUACUGCCUAAGAUAGACAUAUGGUUUCUGUACUACGAUAUGUACUACAAUAAAAGCUCAAGAAACCAUAUACCAGCAUAGUGACACACAUGUAGUAUUGUACUAUGUUUACAACCAUCAGCUGAUGCAAAUAAAUUCAAGCAAAAUAUAAUUAUGAAUAACAGGCAGGAAAUUUGAUCCUGACUUAGUUAUAACUUCAAGCAAUCUUAAAAUAUUAUUGUCCAAGAUAAUUAUUACAUAUUACAUAUUACAUAUUAUUACAUACAUUUUACAUAUUUUUCACAUAAUUUUUUCAAAUUUUAUUUUUAGAUUUCAAUUUAUUUUGAAUUUAAUUUAUUUUCUAUAUGUCAAAAUGUCAGAAAACGUAUGAUUGUGGCAGAAGAGCUUAAAACUUUCGGUGUGUUCAAUGCAAUCCAUUGUAGUACAUUUCACAACACCACAAAAUUUCAAUGGUUUCUAGAACUCUAUUGUAGUACGGAACACCAUUUGCUUUGAAACAAAAUUCGGAAAACCGUUGAUACACAUAUGGUUUCUGAAGCAUACUACAAUAUAUACUACAUGUCUGUCUCAGGUAUAAGAUGUAGUUCAAAAUUGAGUUACAUGGGAAGUUGUCGUGGUUGUUAACCGAUUUCAUUCAUUUUCCACACGUGUUAUCAGGGUAUCAAGAAAAUAUUAUAUACCCAAUUGCAUUCGAAUCGGUCGAGUAGUUCCUGAGAUAUGGUUUUUGACCCAUAAGUGGGCGAUGCCACGCUCAUAUUCCAUUUUGUAAAAAACUCUGAGUGCAAUUUCUUCUGUAAAAUUUAGUGUUUCUGACGUUUUUAGUUAGUGGGUUAACCCACUUUUAGUAAUUUUCAACCUAACCUUUGUAUGGGUGGUGGGCGUGGUUAUUAUCCGAUUUCUUUCAUUUUUGGAUUGUAUAAGGAUUUUGCCCAUCUUCGAAAGCAACCUCCUCAGGGUGCCAAGGAAUAUUUGUUCCAAGUUUCAUUAAGAUAUCUUAAUUUUUACUCAAGUUAUCGAUUGCACGGACAGACGGACAGAUCCGGAUUAUUUUUGAAAAUAACUGGAUUUUUUUUUUUUAAAUCCUAAACAAGUUAUUUGUAUAACAAAAUAUUUGAAAGAUUCAGCGCUUAAAUUGUAUUCUCAGUUAUAAACUUUUAAAGCCACAGUUGAACUUCCAUAACUCGAACUUCUAUAACUCGAAUUUCUGCAUAACUCAAACUCUUGAAUUGACAAUAGAAGUCAAAUUUUAUACAAAUUACCUUCCUUAACUCGGAAGUCACUCUAAUUCGAAGUUUUUUUGUGGUUUAUGGCGAUUCAAGUUAAUGAGUUCAACUGUAUUUCAACCAAACAGCGCUUUUUGAUAACUUCAAACGUAAUUCAAUACUCGACUACAGUUAUGUUCCAAAAAAUCUGGAAUUUGUUGUACAGUGUCAUACUAUUUAUAUAGUUAUAGUUUUUUAAAUAGUUAUAGUUUUACAUAGCAUUGUUGUCUUUAUACCUGUAAACAAUACUACAUCCCUCUACUGUUAACUGAAAUUAGCGCAUAUCUCUACUAUAAUCAUUUUAGUAAACUUUUCACCACCUACUCGUAUAUAAAACCCCUGCUUAUGAUAAAUUAUUUUAUUUUAAAUCUAGUAAUUAGUAACAACUCUAAAAUAGACUUUAUGCUUUGUUACAUAUCAAAUACGUUUUAGUACUCGUGGCCCAUUUCAAAUUUCGUCCCACUGAAACAUUACCGAACUUCAUUUAAAAUUAACUAACUAACUAUCCAUUUGUUCCGUCCUUUGUUUAAAACAUGCUUUCAACCGUCCUCACCCGACCAUAAACGCCGUUUUAGUAAUAUAAUGCAACAUAACAUGACAUGGCAUAACAUCACGUGAUAUAACUAUACUUAAUAAACAUAACAUAACUAGCAUAGCAUAACUUUACAUGGCAUGACAUAAUUUGACUUAAUACACAUAACAUAGCAUACAUAAUUUAACAUAACAUAACUUGACAGGAUAUAACUUCGCAUAGCAAACAUAACAUAACAUAGCAUAUCAUAACUUUACAUGACAUGACAUAAUUUGACUUAAUAAACAUAACAUAGCAUACAUAAUUUAACAUAACAUAACUUGACAGGAUAUAACUUCGCAUAACAAACAUAACAUAACAUAGCAUAUCAUAACUUUACAUGACAUGACAUAACAUAAUUU